UAAUCCAGUUCCGUUCAGCGCGGGAGCCGUAACGGAUGCUGCGUAUCUUUUCGUCUCCUCUCAUCGCAUACUAAGCAGAAGUCUCAUGCGAAACACCCACUUAAUUCUCCAUCGCAGGAAAAAAAAAAAGUCGUCCAGUUUGUUCAUCCAAACAGCGCUUCAUGGGAAUACGGGCUCAGAGCUAAACCUGCAUCAUCCAGCCUGAAUCGUGCGCUUAAGAGGAAGUUGCGCGCCGUUUGAUGCUGUGGCGCGCGAGUCGUCGAGUAAAGCCAUCAUAGCCGUCGCAUUGCUCUUGACUUUCUCUGGUGUCUAUUCGGAUCGGACGCGGGCUGACCGGACGGAGUAUAUUUCAGCCUGGACUAACUGGAUGUUUUGACGAGGUCUAGAAAGAAUUCCCGAGAUUGUUGAAGGAUUUCUCCGUUUUGCAUUGCUCUCGACAGAAAGCAACCGCAUCCAAGCCGGGAGGGAUUCGAGGGAGUGCGGCUUAAAGGAGGACUCGCAUCCCUCCCUCCUCCUUCAUCUGGACCUUCUGGAUCUUCGUGUUGGCUCGGGAUUUUAAAGCAGACGUCUGCGUAGGAGAAUUGAUUUGCAGCUGGAGAGAUGAAAGUUUUUACGGCUGUGAUGCUUCUGCUUGCACCCUGGAGUCUGGAGUGGGAGCCUGUGAUUGCUGAUUCCAUUAUUCACAUCGGGGCCAUAUUUGAUGAGUCUGCCAAGAAGGAUGACGAGGUUUUCCGCAUGGCGGUGGCCGACCUCAACCUCAACAACGAGAUCCUCGAGACAGAGAAGAUCACCUUCUCUGUGGAGUUUGUGGAUGGGAACAACCCCUUCCAGGCAGUGCAGGAAGCCUGUGAGCUGAUGAACAGAGGCAUUCUUGCUCUGGUGAGCUCAAUUGGAUGCAUGUCUGCAGGCUCGCUUCAGACGCUGGCCGAUGCCAUGCACAUCCCCCAUCUGUUCAUCCAACGGGCACCAGCAGGAACCCCUCGCUCCAGCUGCCCUCCAACAAGCCAUGGGCAACCUGAUGACUACACACUUUUUGUCCGGCCCCCUGUCUACCUGAACGAUGUCAUCUUCCAAGUGGUGAUGGAGUACACAUGGCAGAAAUUUAUCAUCUUUUAUGACACUGAUUACGAUAUCCGAGGGAUCCAGGACUUUCUGGACAUGUCGUCACAGCAGGGGAUGGACGUGUCCCUACAGAAGGUGGAGUCGAACAUCAACAUGAUGAUCACUGGGAUGUUCCGCACCAUGAGGAUGGAAGAGUUGCACCGCUACAGGGACACGCUGCGCCGAGCCGUUCUCUUCAUGAGUCCUGCAAGUGCCAAGGGCUUUAUCACAGAGGUAGUGGAAACCAACUUGGUUGCUUUUGAUUGCCACUGGAUCAUCAUAAAUGAGGAGCUCUCCGAUCUGGAUGUGCAGGAGUUGGUGAUGAAGUCUAUAGGACGUCUGACUCUCAUCCGUCAGACCUUCCCACUUCCUCAGAACACCAGCCAGCAAUGUGUGCGGCACAACCACCGCAUCAACAACUCCCUCUGUAACCCCAAAGACCCCAAGGCUCAGACAUUAGAGAUCACCAACCGCUAUAUCUAUGACACAGUAUUGCUGCUGGCCAACACCUUCCACAGGAAGCUGGAGGACCGCAAGUGGCACAGCAUGGCUAGCCUGUCCUGCAUCCGCAAAGGCUCCAAGCCAUGGCAGGGUGGCCGCUCCAUGCUGGAGACUGUCAAAAAGAGUGGAGUGAGUGGUCUGACAAACUUGCUGGAAUUUAACGACAAUGGGACAAAUCCCAACAUUUUCUUUGAAAUCCUGGGGACGAACUACGGAGAGGACCGUGGCCGUGGAGUCAGCAGGCUGGCGACUUGGGACCCUGUCCAUGGACUAAAUGGAACCUUGUCAGACCGGAAGCUGGAGAACAACAUGCGUGGGGUGGUGCUACGUGUUGUUACUGUCCUGGAGGAGCCAUUUGUCAUGGUAUCCGAAAACGUGUUGGGGAAGCCCAAAAAGUAUCAAGGGUUCGCCAUUGACGUUUUGGAUGCUCUGUCUAAUUACCUCGGCUUCAAGUAUGAAAUCUAUUUGGCUCCUGAUCACAAAUACGGCAGCCAACAAGCCGACGGAAGCUGGAAUGGUCUAAUCGGUGAACUGGUGUUCAAGAGAGCAGACGUGGGGAUCUCCGCGCUGACCAUCACGCCGGAGCGAGAGAGCGUAGUGGACUUCACCACACGCUACAUGGACUACUCAGUGGGUGUGCUGCUGAAGAAAGCUGAGCGCACAGUGGACAUGUUUGCCUGCUUGGCGCCUUUCGACCUGUCGCUCUGGGCGUGCAUUGCUGGCACGGUGCUCCUCGUAGGCACACUGGUGUACCUGCUCAACUGGCUCAACCCACCACGUCUGCCCAUGGGAUCCAUGUCCUCUACCACUCUCUAUAACUCCAUGUGGUUCGUCUACGGCUCCUUCGUGCAGCAGGGUGGAGAAGUACCAUAUACCACUCUGGCCACGAGGUUGAUGAUGGGUGUUUGGUGGCUCUUUGCUUUAAUUGUUAUUUCUUCCUAUACGGCUAAUCUGGCAGCCUUCCUCACCAUCUCACGCAUUGAGAACUCCAUCCAGUCACUCCAGGACCUGUCCAAGCAGACUGAGCUGCCGUACGGCACUGUGCUGGACUCCGCUGUGUAUGACCAGCUGCGCAGUAAAGGCAUGAACCCUUUUGAGCGAGAUCCCAUGUACUCACAGAUGUGGAGGAUGAUCAACCAGUCAGGAGGAGCCGAUAAUAACGUGGAGGACUCAAAGGAGGGCAUUCGUAAGGUAAAGUAUGGCCGCUUUGCAUUUGUGUGGGAUGCAGCUGUGCUGGAGUAUGUGGCCAUUAACGAUGAGGACUGCUCCUUCUACACUGUGAGCAACAAUGCACCAGACAGAGGCUACGGCAUUGCUAUGCAGCAUGGCAGCCCUUACAGAGACAUCUUUUCUCAGAGGAUCUUGGAGCUGCAGCAGAACGGAGACAUGGAUAUCCUGAAGCUGAAGUGGUGGCCCAGAGAAAGCCCCUGUGACCUGUACUCUGCAAUCGGCACCAAGAAAACUGCCAGCGCUCUGGACAUCCACAGUUUUGCUGGAGUGUUCUUUGUCCUUGCAGCCGGUGUGGUGCUAUCCUGUCUUAUUGCCACUGUUGAGACCUGGUGGACACGGAGGCAGGGAUCCAGAGUGCCCUCUAAAGAGGAUGACAAGGAGAUCGACCUGGAGCACCUCCACCGGCGUGUAAACAGUCUGUGCACGGAGGACGAGAGCCCGCACAAGCAGUUCUCCACAUCUUCAAUGGAUCUGACACCACUGGACAUGGACUCACUGCCAGCGGCACGCCAGGCCCUGGAGCAGAUCAGCGAUUUCCGUAACACACACAUCACCACCACGACCUUCAUCCCCGAACAGAUCCAGACACUGAGCCGCAGCCUAUCUGCCAAGGCGGCAUCCGGCUUCGCUUUCGGCGCUAUGCCCGACCCGCGGACUGGCGCCGGGCCUUUCAGGCAGCGCGCGCCCAACGGAGGCUUCUUCCGCAGUCCCAUCAAGACCAUGUCCAGUAUCCCUUACCAGCCCACACCAGCCCCAAGCUUCAGCUAUGGCAAUGAUCCAGACCGGGGCACCUCCAUAUGAGGAGGCACAAUCAAAACAAGAUCCAAAUGUAAAUACCCGUCUUCUUUUUUUGUUGUCCUUUUUUUUUUUUUGCUUUUUAAGAGCUUUUUUGCUUUUAAGUUUUUUGCUGUUGGGGUUGCUCGUCCUGCCUGAACUCACCUACCUGUUGAGGAUGAUGAUAAAAUUCAUUAUUGUUGUCGUGAUUGUUGGGAGAUCUCGUGUAAACAUGACUUUGCCUUCAUUUUUCACGUGGAAUUUUGGGGAAUAGCUCUGAGGGGGGAGAUUUAAAAGACCCUGUGAAUCUAAAUAUCAUGGGAUGUUUACAUGUCUUUUCUUUCUUUUGAUUUCCGGACAAAAAGGGAAAAAAUACACUGCACUUUGCAGACUGACCUACCGACUGGCAAUAACUUGAGGCUUAUUUGAGAAAUCUUGUCUGCUUCUCAGUGUAUGCUGGUCAAUGCUCGGUACUGAGUUCAGCUAUGUGGUGUGCCGAGUUGGGUGUCAAUAGCUAGCGAAUAAAGUCCUUCUGCUGCUCUACACUGCACCUGAGCUCCAGAUAUAUAGACUGAGGAUCUCACAUCGUUACGUCUGGCUCUGCCAUCUCUCUGAGCCUUUUUCCACUUACACUCUGAACAGUCUAUAAGAAAAAGAUGUAAUGAAAAAAAAUACCUAAACCAAGUUAGAGCAUAGAAGGACAACUGCAAAAGAGGCCUCUAAAUGUCUUUAAUUUUGGGAUUGUUUGUUUAUUUUUUUAGUUUGAAAUAGAACAAAUCAUUUUGUGUCGAAUGUGUUUGAUUGGAACAUGGUAUAAAAAUAGUGCAGGUUUUUUUUUUUUUUUUUUUUUUUUUUAAUAGACAUUUUUGCGAUUGCUUCAGUGCCAUCAUCUUACUGUUAGGUGUUAUAGGUUUCUGAAGUCAAGAAGAAAACCUUCAAAUGAAUUCUUGAGUCUUAGGCCAGUGGAUCUUUUUAAUUCUUCACGUGUCCUCAAACUGACACCAGGCCAUCUGAAGGUACAAACAAGGCAGCCCAUUUUGGGGAAUUAUUUGAAAUAACUUUCUAUUUCCUUUCAUAAACAGUAAGGGGUAAUAUUUAUCUAACUUUUUUAAAAGUGCUAAUUGUUCAAACAAGGCCAUCAAAGUGUGAUGACAGGUUAAAAAAAAAAAGACACAUUUUGAGAAGUUUAAAAAUAGAAAAGAAAAAAAAACACGAAAAACAUUCAAACAGUUUUCACUAACAUUGUAUUAAUAUAACUAAUGUUAGUUGUUUAGAAUGAGCUUUCAGUUUGUUAUCCUCAGACUAAUUCGCAAAUGUUGUGUGUAGAGAAAAGCAGCAGUGUUUUGAUGACAGCAUUCUAGAUGUACUUUUCUUAAGCUAUGAAUGAGAAUAGGAAAAGUUUUUAUUUAGUAUCGAAUUAAAGAUUUUUAUUUAGUAUAAAAUGAAGAGACAUUACAAUGUAUAUUUUACAUGGAGAUAAUUUUUGUUGAAUUAAAGAAGAUAUAGAGUUUAACAUUAAAACAUUGCAUUGCAUUAGCCACCAUUUACACUAACUCAGCUCCCCAGAAUCCAUCUGAUAAGAGUCUUUAAGCUUUCAAUUUUAGUCACAUUUUAACUUUUUUUUUUUUUUUUUUAGUUAUGGAUUCAUGAGUAAGAAUGGAUCCUAAAGGAAAAAACAUGUAAGACUUGCUAAGCCUGUAACAUUUUUAAUUUCUUACAUAGUAUGUACAGGAGUUCCUUUCAACUGAUUAUAAUGUACAGUAUUUAAUAUAGGCCUAUUUUGUUGUAUGUGUUGCAUAUUAUUCUAAUGGAACAAACUGAGGCCUCUGUUACAAGUGGCAAAGCUUUCUGUGUAUAAUUUGUCU